CAGAGGGAGUGGUACAUGCCUGGUUGAGAGGGAGGGGUACGGUUACUAUAGCAACCUUAACUGAAUUUUCCUCCGUCAGCGGAGGGGCGGUGCUUGCGCUUGGGGGGCGGGGUUUACCUCUAGAGACCAAUGUUCUCAAUGAGAGGGAGGAUGGAGGGAGGCUGUAUUGAUGGAGAAGAGGAGGAAGUAGAGAAGAAGAACACAGAAGUGCAGGAUGGGGGAAACUACAGCUAAUACAUGUAAUGUCAAGUUAUAUCACGAUGUUUUUAUCAUCUGUGAUGAAGCAUGGUCAGGUGUCAUUCUGGAUGCAACACCACAUCCAUCAGCAAGUGUGCUGCUGCAUCAGGUUUCAACAUGGACCUCUGGCGCCAUCUUCUGGUCCGAGAUAUGAACUACAAAAUGUCAUCAUCAAGGGGCUUCACUGUAGCACACUGAGGAGUUAACUGUAAAUAUACUAUAUAACUGUAGUGUAUAUAUAGUCAGUAGUGGCUGUCAUUGCACUUUGUAAACUUUAUUUUUCUAGUUAAAGUAAUGUUGCUGUCAUAUCUGAGGAGGCUAGCUUACUUCUGAAAACUGAAAAAGUUAACGAUACUAAAAGUAGGAACUUAAUUAGUCUUGGGGGAUAUAGACCAUGGCUUCCCUCUUGGUGAGACUGUCAUACUAAAUAGAUUACAGUUCAACGUGUAUCUGGCACUUUAAAGCUCCAGUGACCAAGCUGAGAUAUGUAUGAGCGCAUGAGAAAAAGAUGUGAAAUAGCAGGGCAGCGGAUAUCCCUCUGAACCAAUCACAAGAGAGACCUCGAAAAAUCGACGGAGCUCGCAGCCAAUCAGAGCAGUAAUGUCUACAUGGUGGGCUGGACUUGCUGCCAGAGUUGGGAUAAUGUUAUACACAGCUGUUUUUUUCUGGAUUUCAAGACUCAUGGCAGAAUGCAGGGAGCGUACAACUAUAUUUUUCACGGAAUUCAUUCAUGGGCAGUGAACAAAACCUCCAGUAUCUGUGAGUUUGUUUCUUUUUUAGAUGAGGUAAUGUCUCGGAAAUGUUAUAAUGUUAUUUCCAGCGGCAGCAGCAGCAGCAGCCUCGGGCCACACUAGUUUUGUUUUUGAACUUUAACUCCAGCACAGUCUUGCUAGCAGUCGGGACUUCAGCCGACGGCUCCUCGCACAAGUUGUUGAAAACCAUGAGGACAGAGUACCAACUCUACAGGGAGGGAUUGUUGUGCCGUGCGGGACAGGACAGCGGGGCGGCUCCGAUCAAAAAGCGUCUCCUUGAAUGGGGCGGUGUGUUUUGAUCCCCUCUGCCUUUCUGCAAGAGCUGUUUCUGGACCGUCAGGGGGACAGCGGUCCGACCGGCGGAGAGGGACACGGCGGAGGGACUCCUUGCUGCCGUGCUGCGUGCUGAACACAAACCAGACCACUUUGGCUUCUUGUGAGGCGACUUGGUGAGAUUAUGGUUCGGAAAGGCCUCCAGCUCGGUCCGCCAACAAAGGAAACGACUGUUGCCUCUUUUAUUCCACUGCUGCGGCCGCAAACACAGACAGUCACUAACUUCAGUUAAAGUUGACAAAAUAGCUCUCGAGAGUAGUGCUGCUCACGUGCGCAUUUACGCACGCACGCACGCAUACACACGCACGCGCUCCCUUUGUUUGGAAGUUUUCUGUCAGUUGAAAGUCUGACAUUUUGAUUCCAGCUGUUGUCCCUAAAAAAACAAAACAAGUUCAAGUUCACUUUGAGUGGAUGUGUGAGGAUGGUGGAGAGCCGGAGCUGUGUCCAGAGGGAGGGGGUGUACCGCUGGUUCUCCUCCCUCACCUCAGCCCAGAGAGCCGAGUUCCUGUGCGGCCUUCUGGACCUCUGCGUCCCCAUCGAGCUCCGCUUCCUCGGCUCCUGCCUGGAGGACUUGGCGCGCAAGGACUACCACUCCCUCCGGGAUGCGGAGAUCAAGGCCAACAACCCCGCUGACCUUUCGGGCCUCACCAACAUCACGGACGAGGUGGUGCGCAGCAAGCUGCUGGUGUCCCUCGCCCUGCUCGGCUCGGACAACAGGGAGGCGGCGGGGGUCCUGUACCGGACCCUGACUCACAUAGACACGGUGAUCAAUAACUACGGCCUGGCGCUGAAUGACGGGAGGACCGAGGAGCAGUUUCUCUUACUGUUCACCAUGGCCUCGCACCACCCGGCCUUCAGCUUCCACCAGAAGCAGGUGCUGAGACAGCAGCUCGGCCAGAUCCAGGACAUCCUGCAGGAGGAGGAGGAGGAGGAGGAGGAGGAGGCUCAAGCAGCUGGCCCCAGCGGGGACCGAGCUGCUGUCUGUUACGCUCAGCCACACCACCACUAUCACCAUCAGACCGUGUCCCUGCCUGUGGCCUCGUUGUCCCCCGCUGCCUGCUCCCUGCCUGAUGCCAGCGCCGCCUACCUGCCUCUGUCUGCCUGCCAACCCUGCCACACACACUGCACCUGCUGGCACAAGAGCCAGACCAGAGAGGCCGGCACUGUCUCAGGGCCGGGUUCAGGGGUCACCAUGGCACGACGAGACCAAUUUGUCAGCCAGGAGCUCACCCCUCCUCACCCGGACCUCCCUCCACCACCUCCUCCUCCUCCUCCUCCUCCCCCCCCUCUUCCUCCUCCUCCUCCACCACCACCUCCUCAUCUGCCUCCUCCUCUACCUGCUGGGCAAGGCCAGGAUGCAGCAGCACCAGCCAAGAACCACCAAGGGAAAGCAGGAAAAGUGGGGAUUGAGAGGGUGGUGCUGAGAGGAGUGACACACAAGUCAGAAGACACCAGUGAAUAUGUGUUCGAGGCAAGCUGGUCAGAUGGUUUUGUGUCAUCCGUUGUCAGAACUCAGCAGGAGUUGACGGAGCUGCUGUCCCAGCUGUCGCAAGCAUUUCCUGAUGAAGCAGUGGAGAAAUUCCUCCCUCAGUCCAUAGAGCUGGACCCCAGGUGUCUGACAAUGCUGCCCUGCCAUGUCCUCCAGCACCACAGCGUCCAGCUGUUCUUUACCUCCGCCAGGCCUCUCUCACCCAACUGUCCUGCCUCCCUCCCUCCGUUAUCCCCCCCUAUUCCUAUGGCCCCUGUAGCCCCGACCUGCCCGCUCACCUCCAGCUCUAAUCUUGGCUGUAUGGUUCAGUACAGAGGAACCAACAGGGCGGUAUACAGAGUGGCCAGCGUCCAGCCCGUCGUCAGCACCCACAGCCCUGUCUUGACUCGCCCUUCUUCUCACCUCUCCUCCCUUCCUCCACCUCUUCCUCCUCCAAUUCCUCCUCCACAGCACUCACCCCAGCUGCCCUCCCUCCCUCCCUCUGUGCCCACCCAGUGCUCCAUGGCAGUCGGAGGUGAUCCCUCCUCCCAGCCGCAUCCCCAACACAGUCAGUCACACUCGUACUCUCAGCCCCAGCAGCACUCCCAGCACCACCUUCAUCCACAAACCAGCAGUCAGUCCACCGCACAGCCUCAGUCCCUGCACCUGUCCCAUUCCCAGCCAACAUCCCACUCACAUUCCCAGUCCCUUUUAUACACCCAGUCCCAUUCCCUGUCCCGUUCCCAGUCCCAUACACAGGGCCCAUGCCAAUCCCAGCCCAACACCCCAGAGCAGAAUGGCAUCCUGGACUGGCUCCGCAGGCUUCGGCUCCACAAGUAUUACCCCGUCUUCAAACAGCUCACCAUGGAGGAGUUUUUAGCGCUGACAGAGGAGGACCUGAACAAGUACGACCUGACCCAAGGAGCAAAGAAGAAACUCAAGACACAACUAGAGCUACAAAAGUCAGUAGACAGGGAGAUGAAGAUGGAGAAGCGGUCCUGCAGCGGCAUCGCCAGGGUGAUGCCUUCCAGUCACAUGGGACCCUCAACACAUCCCACCUCCACUGCAGGUGAGCUGCGAGUGGAGGUGGACACCGUGCCGCACCAUCACCCCGUCUCAACAGACAGCAGCUCGUCCUCAGGCUAUUCCAGCUCUUCCUGCUCCCCCAGAACACCCCUCUGCUGUGACCCCACCUUCGACAGGACCAGAGACAUUCACAGGCGUGUGUCAGGUCCAGACGCAGCAGGAGGGGGUCCAGAGAAGGACCGGUCCUGCCUCUUCAUCCUGAACUCCAGCUGCCCCACAGGCUCCAGUCGCCCCACAGCCCAGGUCCUACCUGUCCAAACCGAUCCAGCUCCUCCUCUCCCUCCCUCCUGCUCCUUUGGCCUCCCGCAUUCUCCCUACCACCCCCAGGCCAGUUACCCCCAAACCCUGCUCUCCCCGGUCUCAAACCCAGCACGGAUCCUGACCUCCCCGCGCAAGCCCAGGCCCCCUCCACUGUGCACGGAGGACAGGACUAAGCCGCUGGGCUCGGGCCUGCCUGCAGCUGGUGCGGGCUUCAGUACGGGGCUCAGUGUGGGGAUGGGGGUGAGGCUGGAGAACCUGUUCCCUGGGCUGAACACAGACAGCUCCUCCACGCUCCAGGACUCGGUGGUUUGCCGUGGCCUGGCGGGAGGUGCUGUGGGUCUGAUGGUAGAAACCAGUUCUGCUAUGACCUCCACCUCCAACAGCCUCCACCACGUCUCCCACCCCCCUCUGCACUUCCACCUCUCGUCCUCUUCAUCCCCCUCUCCAUCUGGAUACUACUCCUACCCACCUUCCUCCUCCUCCUCCUCCUCCUCCUGCUCCUCCUCCUCCUCCUCCUCCUCCUUCUCUUCUUUCUCCUCCUCCUCCUCCUGUGCCUCCACAAAGUCUGGCUCACAGUCUGGCAGCUCCAGUAGUGAUGGUGGCUUUGUUCCCAUGGCAACCGCAAGCAGUGUUCCUGUGGCUGCAGUGCCGGGCAACACAUACUACCCGCCCCAACCUACCUCUAGCCCCUCCCCUUCCCCCUCCUCAAUCUCUUCAUUGGAUCAAAGUUCAGGUCACACCCCCUCCGUGUGUGUCUGCAGCUCCUGCGGUUGUCGGGGGAACUGCGGCACCUAUAGGGCGUUGCCUGGAUACGCAGCAGCUGGCUACCUGCAGCCGUUCUCAGCCGGCCCCUCCCUCUUUACUCUGGGUCCUCUGCUCCAUCUCAGCCCCCUGAUUGCCUCGUCAAACGCUGCCGGCACCACACCCUUCUCCUACCCGAUGAUGAUGCCACCGCCCCUCUACCGCCACAGCCCUGUGUCACAUGACCAGCAGCAGGGCUUUGCCCUCUACCAGCCCCAUGGCAUUGUGGGAAAUGGAGGGCAGAAACGGGCAGCUGGGAACUUGUCGUGUUAUAACUGUGGUGCCAACGGGCACAGAGCAGAGGAGUGCAAACAUCCGCCCAUGGAUUCAGCACAGCAAGGGACAUUUCGACUGAAAUACACUCCUCACUCUGACAGUAAGGACUCAGGGGACUAAGCAGCUGAAACACCAGUGGAUCUGAACUGUCAUACUCCUGACACAACUGUACCUCAUGUUCCUGCUGAAGCCAGCAGGCAGCAGCCACAGAGUUUAUAAGGGAUGAGCAGACAGACAGCCUGAUUCUGGGUACAAGCAGGCAACACGAGUCUGUUUAAAGACGGUUGAUCUGGUGACACAGACCCCUUGUAUCCUUUGUAAUACUUUAACAGCAGCUUACAGUGAGAUGAGAGGAGGACGGGAAAGAGACGAAAAUGUAGACAGAUUGGCGAGAAGAGGAGAAAAGAGGAGCGGCUGUCACAGAUUAGCUUGCAUCCCUCCUCAGAUCUCCACAAACACUGCUCUGCCUCACGUCCUUUCAGAGACGUAGCUGGAACUCACGCUCAGAAGAAACACUACAACCAGACAAUCAGCCAUGGUGCAUUACGACCAGAGAGUCUCAGAAUCUGCCUCCCAGCUAAAUGACUGAGUAUUCAUUGUCUUCUAGAUGGUUCAUAAGCCAAAGGCACAGCACUCCAGUAUCCUGGCCACUCCCUCAACUGAUUUAUACUGGGUCUAAAACCCAGCUUAAUGAAACAGUGCCCUGUUUGUGACAAACUGGAUACCUUGGAUAUAUACCCAUCUCUCUGAACCCACAAAGCUACAGCAGUGUUAUCUUCCCUGUGACUCAAUCUGCUGGUAUAAAACGUCUCAUCCUACUCAAAGUCUUCAUACUUUUGUUUUAUGCUAACUAUCAACAUGUGACUCCAGAAUGCAACUGCCAAUAAAUCUUGGCAAGAAGUUGAACUACCAUCCACAACACGUUUUUAUGCAGCUGUGAGCCACUCUUCUAUUUCCUUUAAGUAUUGCAUUGUGGGAGAUUAGUGCCCAUGUGUUUUUAGUGUGCAUAUCAACUGUUUUCACUAUACUUCAAUUUGUCAUAUUUCCAGGGUGAACACAAUACAUGCUCAAAACCUGUAUUAAGGAUUUGUGGAUAGUUUUCAGAUAUACAUGUAUCACUGUCUCGGUCAUCCUCCUUUAAAAGGAGCAAAUGAGGAAAACAAGUCCAAGAAAAAAAUGUAAAGGUACCCUGUGGUGUUUUGUUUUACCACUAGUGCUGUGGAGCAGUGUUUUUAUGAGCGGGUCGGUGGUAAAUAUGGAUGUAAACAGGGCAAAUUUUUCAAUCUUUGAACAAUCGGCUUUGUUUAAUGUGGAAGGAAAUGCACUCAACAUGUUAGUUAGACCUGAAGAAUACAAACAAAGAAGCACUUUAAUGUAAAUUUAACUUUUGUUUCUUUACAAGAAAACUCCACAGAGUACCUUUACCUUUACCUUUGGCUCUGUAUCAACAUGCGUCUUGGGUGAUCCGAUCACAAGUAGACAGCUCUAAGUUCUUCACACCUGGCAUUAGAGUGCGUCUCCACAUUCAAAUAAACAGUUAUAGGGCUGUACACUACUCUGUAUUUUGUUAGUCAGUCAAAUCUUCCGAAAGGACGGUAAUAAUGAACACUAUAUGUUCCUUUUUUUCAGUUCAGCAAACUCCUGCUCCUACUCUCUAUCAGCCUGAGUUAGAUGCUUUAUCGGCACUAACAGCAGCGCUACAGGAAGUGGCUGUGGGAUAUUAUAAUUGAACUAAAUGAGCAGGACACACUUUUACUUUCUCUGACUACGUGGAAACCAGAUGUUUUCACAUCACAGAUAGAAGAAUAAAGGCAUGAAUGCCAGAGAAAGAAAACGUGUGCAUCUUGCUCGCACCAUGGAGCGUCUCCUGCCAGGCUCCAGCCAACAUGCCAGGACGAACAGAAUUAUUGUGUAACGUUUGCUGAAUUUGCAAGAAGGCCCAAAUAGUGUUUCAUAGAUAGUGUUUCACAAAGUCUAUAAAGUUUCUCCUCAUUCAACAACUCUCAAAAAUGUGUGAUUUUUAAAGGGAGUCUGGGGAUAUUGCAGUUACCAGUUCAUCAGUCGAAACAGUGUGUACACAAACAUCUGCUGCUUAUCUUGGCAGCUAGGAGAGCCCAAACACAUCACUUGCAUUACAGUGAACCAAAUGGAAAUCAGACAGCGUGUUUCGUGUGUACUUACAGGACGUCAGUUGUAUAGGCGGUCCUUCAGUGUGGACACAUUGCGUACACACUGCUAAAAGAAUGUGAUCACAUCCAGCCCAGACCACCUCCGAAUGUGGUUUGAGCGAUCAGAUCUCAGUGUGUCCUGUCACCUGUAGUUAGAGCUGUCAGAGACGCAUGUUAAUACCCAGGGCAAGUGCCCCUGAUUCAAGGGCCUGAUCACCGAAGGAAUCAGCUGUAGAAGGUGGAUCCUUUGCAGGAUCUGAGGUUUCUGCUGAACCUGCUGCCCAGUCCCACAGAGACCAAAACAGAUGAUGCAUUCAGGCACUCUCAUGUCAACUUGUUACGUAAGUUGAUGACAAUGAUGUGGCAUUCAAAGGCUGGUGAAGUGUAGAGUCCAGCAGAAAAGAUACCAGGGAUUACAGAAAAAGUUGUGAUGUUUCAAACCAACAUCUGAUGGACAACCGGGGCUCCAGGGUAAUGCUAAAUACAGUCUAUCCAUACAACUUCAGUAUUUCUCUAAUGCCCUGUGCUAACUGCCUGUCCAGGCUGCUAACAAGCACAUGAGAGUUAAUGCCUGGAUUCAUUGGCCUCAUCCAUGUGACGUAUUUACUAGUAAUCAAUGAGCACCACAGCACCGAUCACCUGAAUGCUUCAUUAAUAACUGACUGUAGAUUAUCAGAUACUGAUGGCUGCAAAGGACACCCUCCAAAAGAAGGUCUGAAAUGGCCUUGUUGGCUGUGUACGUAUGGGUGAAGAGAUGCAGACUCCAGCCCCUGUGCUGGGACACUGAGGUGUGUGUGGACUGCUCACACUUGGAAACUGGAAUCAGCAGCUGGCAGUCACAGAGGGAAGCCACACCAUCCACUCUCUUGUCCAUGAAAGCCUGUCACCAGUGCCUGGGGAGAAACCCAUAGCAGCCUCUCUACCUCAGAGCCAACCUGAGAGCAAGAUGGCCUCCAGUGCCAAAUACUGUCCCUCUAUAGCAGGACAAUCAUGCAUGCAACUGAAUAUUUUCAGACACUUCCACAUCUCUUUCAGUCAGUACAGAAUGCGUUUGUAUGUUCACUUCACGCCAGUGUUUGUGUGGUCAUUCAAGCUGGGUGGACAUUUCAAAAGUGCCAUUUUCCUUUUGAAGUUUGAUGUUUGUGAAUGAAUGAAUGUUGAGCGUCCUGGAUGUUGCUCUCUUGAUGGAGCCGACUCUUUUUUUUUUUUGUAAUUAACAUGUACAAUCUUUAUGCAGAGGAAAAUUCAGGACUGUUGAAUUGAAAGAGUCUAAGUAUGUAUGUAGGAAAAGUCUCACAGUGUACUCCUGUGUCAGACUGCGAGUGAGUUGCCGGGCAGGACCCCGAGUUUUACAGACACGAGGACAGCUGGUCCUUCAGAUGAAACUCUAUCUGUGCCCCUGGAGGGCACAGCACAGGGAUGAGGGGUGUUUAUUUAAAAUGCUAAAUACUGAAUGUUCAGUAUGUAUAACAACUUCUGUCUGUUGAUUAGAAUAUGUCAAAAAUGUGCUUUUGUAUUGUAAUAUAAACAUCUGUGGAGCUCAGAGUUCAUUUAUCUGUGUGUAACAGUGCAACGGUCUGUAUGAACAAGGCUGCAUAAAAACACUUUAUACAUUUUCUUCAGUGGUUGCACAGUACAAGAACAACUGCCUCCAUGGGUCUCACCAAAGAAUGCCUCCCACAGAGCUCCACUUCUGUCUCUUUUUGUUUUUUUGGAGCUAUUUAGUUAAAGCCAGUCUAGAUCUGUAACAAUCACAGUAGCCUGGUUAAAUCAUGCUCCGGCAUGCAUGUUGCUUCAUCUUUAGUAAAAAUGUGCUUUUGAAAUAUUUGUGUGCAAAUGUUUGAACAGUUUAUAAUUAUCCAGUUGAGUUGUAGGUCAGGUUUUAUAUUGCUUAUUGUGUUUCAAAACUUGUUUUAUUGGAACAUUGAGGGAAAAACAUGUUUGAAUAAAAUAUUUUCUGAUUCUGUCUUUCA